AACUAAAACUAACGAACAUUUGCAACGUUUCCACCGUACGUACAGAGGGCGCAGACAUUUCUUCUUGGUGGCGUCAAUUUGGAAGAUGAACAAAUAUACGUUUCUAUGUGUCCUGUGCAUUUUGUGUAUAGUUCGUUCAGCUACAACUUCCAAAGCAGAGCAGAGUUCCCAAGACAUAACCAUCAAAUUGCGCAUCAAAAGGCAGAGUUGUCAAGAUGGCACUUACCAGCAUGAAAACAAGACAUGCUGUCUCUGUGCUGCUGGCCAUCAUCUGGACAGCCACUGUAGUAUGAACCCAGACGAUGGGACCUGUAUUCCCUGUGAGCUAGACAGAACCUACAACAGUUACCCCAACUUCCUGGACUCUUGUGAGCCCUGCACAUCUUGCAACCCUAAAGCCAAUCUGGAGGUGGAGGACAAAUGUACCAUCAUCAGUGACACAGUGUGUCGAUGCCAGCAGGGCCACUACUGUGACAAGGGGAAGGUGCACUGCAGGGCCUGCUACCCGUGUACCAUAUGUGGGGAUGAAGGUACCAAGGUUGCCUGUACCACCACCAACAACACCAUAUGCCAUGACGACCAAAAACAAGGAGGAGGAAGAAGUCAUGCAGCAGUACUUGGCUCAGUUAUGGUUAUUGCAGUUUUUCUUAUUUUUUGCUGCCUGAGGCGAAAUAAUAAAUAUGGUUUUGGGAAAAAGCUGGGGCAAAAUGGUGGUUUGACCAAAAUGUCCAAUCAGAAUUUAAAGGUAGCUGAGGAAAUGCAGCUACUGAGGGGUAUUGACCUCUGGCCACACCUCCCAGAUAUCGCUAAGACCUUGGGGUGGAAGGACAUGAAACAGGUGGCCGAGCGCAGUGGGAUGACUAUUGCCACCAUAGAAUCCCACCAGCUAAACUAUCCCAAUGACACCCAGGAGCAGUGCUACAGCCUACUUAUGGCCUGGGUGGAGAAGACGGGGAUGACCACAGCCUCUAAGACACUGAUCCAGACUCUACGCCACAUUAAUAAAAAUGCCAAAGCAGAUAAUAUCAUGGCUAUCAUCAGCAACAAGGAAAACACAGUUUAGAACUCCGGGGUAGAACAAGUGUAGAUACCGUAAGGUCAGUGGUACUGUCCAUGCCAGUACUAAGUACCUAUGUGCAAAUUGUUUGUUGAAUUACCUGUUUGUUGCACAAUAAAGUAUAUAUUUAUAUACA